AUGGCUUAUGUUGGGCAAAGUCGAAAUGUUAUUCGUCAUGUAGUUUCCAAAGGAACAGCUUUCCACAAGUAUGAUAAUGCGAUCCAUCAUCCUCUUCUUUUCGCCUGUCAAGGAGUUCGAUACAGGAAAUUGGAAGUUAUUCUUACAACGGGCAUAGAGAAGCUUGGGAAAUCUGGUGAGACGGUGAAAGUGGCUCCUGGGUACUUCAGGAAUCACCUUAUGCCUAAACUCCUUGCUGUGCCCAACAUUGACAAGUAUGCUUAUCUUAUCCGAGAGCAACGCAAGAUAUAUAAUUAUCAAGAAAAGGAAGAGGUUAAGGUGGUUCAUAAAACUUCUGAAGUUCAGACAAAAGAGUAUGAAAAGGCCGCAAAGCGCCUGGGAAAUGCCAACUUGGUACUGAGGAAGUUAAUUGACAAGGAAAAGUUCAAAAACCGCUCCUCAAAAGACGACAAACCGGAUGUUCAAAAACCUGUGACAAAGGAGGAGAUAGUCUCUGAGGUGGCGAGACAGCUCUGUGUGAAGAUUGAUCCGGACAAUGUGGUUCUACCGGAGCCAUUGACAACUUUUGGUGAGUAUGAAGUGCCUCUGAAAUUCCCCAAGACUAUUCCUUUGCCACAAGGAAGUGUUCAAUGGACUCUCAAAGUCAAAGUCCGUGGACAUUAA